CAGAAAUCUAUCCAGUGGAGUAAGAAUCCACACUUCAUCUUCAUCUUCGAUUCUUCAUCAUCUUCUAACAUAAACCCUACACCGACUCAACAACAACAACGCCAUUACCGAACUCAAACACACAUAACCAAAUACUUUUAAAACAUGUCAGGAGUCGGACCUCUUUCUCAAGACUGGGAACCCGUCGUUCUCCGCAAAAAAGCUCCCACCUCCGCCGCCAGAAAGGAUGACAAAGCAGUUAACGCAGCUCGACGUUCCGGCGCCGAUAUUGAAACCAUGAAGAAACAUAAUGCUGGAACAAACAAAUCUGCCAUUGCCACCACUUCAUUGAACACUAAGAGGCUGGAUGAUGAUACAGAGAAUUUAGCUCACGAUCGUGUCCCAACUGAACUCAAGAAAGCUAUAAUGCAAGCCCGGAUGGACAAGAAACUUACUCAGGCGCAACUUGCUCAAAUUAUCAAUGAGAAGCCUCAAGUGAUCCAGGAGUACGAGUCAGGGAAAGCGAUUCCAAACCAGCAGAUAAUUGGCAAGUUGGAGCGAGCUCUUGGUGCCAAACUGCGUGGAAAGAAAUAAGGAAGCUAAUCUUAUAUCUGUGUAUGUAGUUGGAUCUAUAUUUCACUCUCGAAGCUAAUCUGACGGCUGUUAUGUAGUUGGAUCUAUAUUUCACUGUCCUUGGUUGGUUGCUUUUGCAUGUAUGCUUGAAGCUUUCGCCUGUUCGAACUUAAUCAUGCAGUUUCGUAAAUAAAGUUGUAUUUUCAGCAUAAAUUUACUUUUGACCGUGACAUGGGAUUGGGCAUUCAAAAUAUAGUGUUCAUUUAAUAGGUGAGC